GUCCAGUGGAGUGUCGCUUUUUCCUUCUUCCUGCUUUUCCACCUUUCGCCUUUUUGCUCCUUUUGGGAACUUCUGACAUCCGAGACGCUCCUCCCUCCUCUUCCUCCUCCUCUCCUUUCUCGACAUCCUUUGGAACCGGCGGGUCUUUCUACUUUUUUUUCCCGGCAUGAGUGCGCCUCCGCUUAUCCGCACCCCCAGUUUACUCGCCUUCCCCGGGGGGCAGCCAGGAGGAGGAGGAGGAAGUGGAGGGGGCGGAGGAGGCAUGCUGUCCUUCCACAUCCAGAUCGGUCUGAGCCGAGAACCGGUCCUGCUGGACUCGGCCGACGUGAGUCUGGCUCAAGUGCGAGAGGUGGCCUGCUCCAUCGUGGACCAGAAGAUUCCUGAGUGCGGCUUUUAUGGCAUGUAUGACAAGAUCCUCCUUUUCCGCCAUGACUCGACAGCUGACAACGUUCUACAGCUGUUGCACUCAGCCUCGCAGAUCCAAGAUGGUGACCUGGUUGAGGCCAUUCUUUCGGCUUCAGCCACAGUUGAAGACUUCCAGAUCCGCCCUCAUUGCCUGUUCGUACACUCUUACCGGGCGCCUGCCUUCUGCGACCAUUGCGGCGAAAUGCUGUGGGGGCUUGUGCGGCAGGGCCUCAAAUGUGAAGGCUGCGGGUUAAACUACCACAAGCGCUGCGCGUUCAAGAUCCCCAACAACUGCAGUGGCUUGAGGCGUCGCCGCCCGUCCAGUGUUUCUCUGACAGGGGCGUCGGGCUACCUGGGUGGGCGCCCCCUCUCCGCCGAACCGUCACCGCCGCCCCACUUUGGCGAUGAGGCCCUGCUGUCACCUGUCAGUCCGAAUAUGGAGAAGUGCUCGUCGUGGUCUUCGGGAGAUGCGUGGUGGACACGCGAACGGCGCUCUAGCUGCCAGUCAUAUGUGGGCCGACCCAUCGAGCUGGACAAGCUGCUAAUGUCAAAGGUCAAAGUGCCCCACAGCUUCCUCAUCCACUCAUAUACGCGACCCACUGUCUGCCAGCACUGCAAGAAACUCCUGAAGGGCAUCUUCCGACAGGGCCUGCAGUGCAAAGAUUGUCGCUUCAACUGUCACAAGCGUUGUGCUCCAAAGGUUCCAAACAACUGCUUGGGAGAAGUUUCCAGAAAUGGGGAGCUGCUAAGUCCAGGGGCCGAGUCCGACGGCAUUAUGGCGGAUGUUUGCUUUGACGACCAAGAAAGAGCCAGUGGGCUGAUGGACGACACCGAUGACAUCACCAUGACGACUGAUGACAUGACCGCUGCCGCGGCUGCGGAGGCAGGGCCCGCGGAUCUCGGAGACAUGCAAGACCCAGAUGGGGACGACUCCAACAGAGCCAUCAGCCCAUCGACCAGUAACAACAUCCCGUUGAUGAGAGUGGUGCAGUCAAUCAAACACACCAAGAGGAAGAACAGCAAUGUCAUGAAGGAAGGAUGGAUGGUCCACUACACCAGCAAGGACACUCUGAGGAAGAGACAUUACUGGCGCCUGGACAGUAAAUGCAUCACGUUGUACCAGAAUGACACUGGAAGUAAAUAUUACAAGGAGAUUCCGCUGUCGGAGAUAUUGUCAUUAGAGGUUGCUCGGAAUUUCUCGCUUCUCCCAGACGGCGCCAACGCACACUGCUUCGAGAUCACCACCACGAGCUCGCUGGUUUACUACGUGGGCGAAGAUCUGCAGGGGUCGGACAGCAACGGCGCCAAUGUGCUGGUGAGCGGUGUGGGUCAGGACGUGGCCCGCAUGUGGGAGAUGGCAAUCCAGCAUGCCCUCAUGCCCGCAGUCUCCAUGGGCGUCUCCCACAGUUGUCACGGCGACGGGCACAAGGAAAUCGCCAUCAGUAUUUCUGUCUCCAACAGUCACAUCCAGGAGAACGUGGACAUCAAUUCCAUCUAUCAGAUAUUUCCAGAUGAAGUUCUCGGGUCAGGACAGUUCGGAAUUGUCUAUGGAGGCAAACACCGAAUUUCAAGCCGCGACGUAGCCAUCAAAAUCAUCGACAAGCUUCGCUUCCCUACGAAGCAAGAGAGUCAGCUGAGGAACGAGGUGGCCAUCUUGCAGAAUCUUCACCAUCCCGGAGUGGUGAACCUCGACUGCAUGUUUGAGACUCCGGAGCGAGUGUUCGUGGUGAUGGAGAAACUUCACGGAGACAUGCUGGAGAUGAUUCUGUCCAGCGAGAAAGGACGUCUGCCGGAACGCAUCACCAAGUUUCUGGUCACCCAGAUCCUGGUCGCCCUGCGCCAUCUCCACUUCAAGAACAUCGUCCAUUGUGACCUGAAACCCGAAAAUGUACUGCUGGCAUCGGCAGAUCCCCUCCCUCAGGUAAAAUUGUGUGACUUUGGAUUCGCCCGUAUCAUCGGUGAAAAAUCUUUUCGUCGCUCGGUGGUGGGCACACCAGCCUACCUGGCGCCGGAGGUGCUCCGCAACAAGGGCUACAACCGCUCACUAGACAUGUGGUCGGUCGGCGUCAUUGUCUAUGUCAGCCUGAGCGGUACGUUUCCAUUUAACGAAGACGAAGACAUCAACGAUCAGAUCCAAAACGCUGCCUUCAUGUACCCACCACACCCAUGGAAAAAAGUCUCUCCAGAAGCCAUCGACCUGAUCAACAAUCUUCUGCAGGUGAAGAUGAGGAAACGCUAUAGUGUUGACAAAACACUAAGUCACGCUUGGCUGCAGGAUUACCAGAUGUGGUUGGACCUCCGCAGUCUUGAGAGUCGUGUGGACGAGCGCUACGUGACGCACGAGAGCGACGAUCUGCGGUGGCAUCAUCACGCCAGGCUCAGCGGAAUCCACGUGCAAACCUACCUGGGGGGCCAGCAGGGGACGCAGCUCUAUCGGGGCAGGGAGGAUGAGCUGGAGACCCUGAGCGAGCGCGUCAGCGAACUCUGAAGCCAACAAUCAGACGAUAAGAAGUAGACUGACACACACAGGAAGUUGAACAAACAAAACGAAGUUUACAGAAACAAACAGGAAGACAAAAAAAAUAGGACAUUGAAGGAAGCAAAGAGAAAGCUGAAAAAUUAAAUAAGUUAACAGAAACAAACAGGAAGUUGGAAAAAAACAACAGGAUUUUAAUGGAAACAACAGGAAGUUGAAACAAAACAAUAGGAAGUUGACAGGAACAAACAUGAAGAUAGAACAACAACAGGAAAUGCCUGGAACGCACAGGAGCUUGAAACUAAACAACAGUAAUUUGACACAAACAAACAUCCAGUUGGAAAAAAAAGGCAUUAAGGGACACAAAACAAACAAAAACAGCUAAACAAAGACGUUGAUAAAAAUUAAAAUAAUUGAACCAAAGCCAACAGGAAGGUGAUGGAAAGAAAGCAUGCCAUACGACCUCACCUCAGUCUUUUUUUUUUGUCCCAAAGAGCUUUUUUUUCUACCACUUAAUUUAAAUGUAAGACGUUGACCAGUAGCAGCUUGUUUGUCCUUGUGUGAUGCUAACACAAUGCUAACCUAUCACUUACUCCAACUAUAAUUUCAUGUCUGAUCAAUCACUUUUCGCUUCCAUUACUAAACGCUAAUUUGUCUUUGUUAGCAUCAAUAUCAUCAGCUUAAGCUAAUGUUACGGUAAGAGUUGUUUGAGAUGUUUCAUUCUGAGAAAGACUAAAAGGUGUUGUUAUGGUAACAUGACAUGUAUUAGCAAGCUAGUGUUGAAACGAUAAAGUCUCUUGGAAAAAAAAACAAAAAAAACAAAGACAAAAUAUUUUAACUUUUCGAAUGUAUACCUCUGUCUGGGUGACCAGUCACCGUUUCUUUCACUUUAUCAGAGAGAUAAACAGGCUUGUUUCAGUGCCGUUGAUGGUGAUGGUCGCCCACUCCCUCGUCUCACUUACAAAUCAUGUCAAUAAAA